AUGGAAAUGCGUGGGCACUCACCUGAAAAAGCAACAAGGGAAAAAGUUGCAUUGGGACUUUGCUUCGCAUCGCACUUGAAGAUUUUUUAUUAUUAUCUUCUUUAUUAUCUCAUCUUAUUAUCAAAAAUUCAAGUCACUUAUCGGAAAGCCAGUAUUGUUACGACCAGUGAUGAAGAUGCAAGACGGCCCCGUGGUAGAGCAUCAUCAAGUUUCCAGCAAAAUACUAGGAUUUAUUUCCUUUCUUUCCUUUGUUCUACUGACAAAAUCGCUACUGCAGUGUCAGAGGAAAAUCAACCACUACAGUAUGGAUGUAAUGCUGUCUAG